AUGAGAACAACCCCGGGCCGCAAUAUAAAUCAAGAAACAGCUCUAGAACAAACGAGUAAAGUUCGUAUUUCGAUUUGCGUAAAUUUAUUUGAUUUGCCGGAUUACGAGAAAAUAGAACGAAACAAGGGAAAAUUGUGUAUAAAAUGCUUCAAAGAAAGAAGUAAAAACACAAAUAAGAAAAACACUAAUAAAGCAUGUUGGCUAAAAUGGAGGUGGACCGGACACAUCGUCAGAGUUAAAGACAAUCGGUGUAGUGAACAAGUCCUAUAUUGGCAUAUGCGCGACGGGACGAGAGUGCAAGCGUCGACGUUGAUCCGGCAACCAGGUGCGGCUGGACUGCGGCAUAUGGACCCGGCAAGCCUACGAAAGGGAACUUAA